UCCUCAAGUUCAAGCCCGAGUUGGCGGAGCAGCCCGUCUUCGUCACCGAGGACCGUCAAACCGCCGCAACAUACAAUGCAGCCGCUCAUUGGGUCACCAAGGUCGCAAGACCUCUCCGAUGGAAAUGUAAGUCUUCCUCUUGCCUGCAUCGCUGUCCGCUGAGCAUUGCCGCCCAUAGGGUUCUCUAUGCGUGGAUUCCGCUAUGCCUUCGCUAGGGAAAUGCUAUCAAAGAUGGACAAGGUGCUGCGGAAUCUCUCUCUUCCGUAUUUUGUGUGGCUUACUGUCAUGGCCGUUGUGCAGGUUAACCUCAAUUAUGCCCUCGGUCAUCGUAUCAAAUCCCAUCUCGCACGCUCCACCUAUCAGCCCGAGGACCGCCACGUUGACAUGAUAGCCAAGCGCUUCGAUCAGGCCGACUCUGACGCGCAUCUCAAGCUCAUAGACCACCAUUCUUCCGUGGCCUUCAAUCUAGAUGCCUCCACCACGGCAUCAUCAAGUGACGCGGACCUCAACGCCGUAGUCGACACCGAGUAUAUACAGCUUGUCGACCGGUGGCGACGUGCAGAGGAACCACUGAUUGAGGCAAAUGGUGGAAAGUACACAUAUCAAUUGGAAGAAGCUGCUCUAGACACUCCACAAUGUCGCGAUGCAUUGAGCAAAUGGGUGGAUGUAGUCCAGUAUGCCUCUACCCUCACCACGAGACGCCAACAUGCAUCAUACCUCACCACCAGCAAAGGGAAGGUCGCCGCCAGCAAGGAGAAGGUCGCUCCCAGUGGCCCUCCAGAGGCCACAAGUGGCGAUCCUAUUGACGUCUCGGCGGACGGCAGUCAGCCAGAUCGUAGCGAUGAGGAUCCCGCUACUGAAGACACACCAGCCAAUGCACCAACCGGCGCACCAACCGGCGCACCAACCGGCGCACCAACCGGCGCACCAACCGACGCACCAACCGACGCACCUACCUUGCUCGGCGCCGGAGAUGCCAUCAAUAUAUUGGAGACCCUGAACGCCGACCAUCCCUUCGUGCCCUUGAUCCGUGCUGAGCGAGUCAACCCACGCUUUGCCCUGCUGAGCCAGUACAUCUCCCUCAUACGUGCUGACAGCAUUCGGGUGGAGGGCAAAUGUCCGUGGUGCAUCCACGACACGAGCCUGCCUCCGCGAGAGCGCGACAAGAAUCACCAAGCCAAUCUCGCCCAGCACAUGCUCCGAUGUGACCUCAAACACCAUCCUGGCUUCACUCGCUGUCCCGUGUGCGGUGUCUUCCUUGAUGGGCCUUGGGAUGAUUGUAACGUGGAAGACCACCUGGAGGCUUGCGUACAUGCUAUGCUCGUCAGCCAUGGCCACGUCGCUCCUAGCGAGGAGGAUCGUCAGUUGGCUUCCGAGCCUGAUGUUGAUCCACAGGACAGCACCAUAGGGCUUCGUCACGAUGACGACGACGAUGAUGACGAGAACCCUCUCGUCCUUAUCAAUGAUCUUGAGGAUCAACAUCUUGCAAGACGAAUGGGCCAGACCUUACCACAGCAGCAAGUCGUAACUGCAGGUGCCUCACCAGUCUCAUCGCAACCGCCGGUCUCUAUCACCCCAACACGCGGUUUUGAGGCGCUGAGCAGUUUCAUACGACACUCGGUGGCAAUUCGAGGGCACCUCAUGUAUUACUGCCCAAUGUGCCUCAACAAUAAAGGUCUGUCAUGGCUCUAUGACCCGGUGGAGCACGGCGAGUCAAAGAGAGCUCCGCCUGAACACCGCCUCGUGUACUUCAAGGACAAGCAGCGUAUGCAUCAACACAUCUACGCCCACUUCAGUGGUGCCCCCACUCGUGCCGGUCAGACACAGUUGGUUUACUCCAGGACCUUCCGGUGUGCAUUCCCUCCUUGUGAUGGUGAAAUCGAGUCCGUUUGUCUUCUCAUGGCUCUCCCUUGCAUCGGCUGAUCUUCCCUCAGACGCGACCUCGGUGCCACGAUUGAACAUCUCCACAAUGUUCACAAGUAUCCGCUACUCAAGCGCAAUGGGUCCACCAUCAGUGAGACGCAAGACGCAGAUGACGAU